UUCAGUUUCACUAUAAAUUCACCUAAUUUGACUUGAUCUUCUAUUCCUCCUCACAUCUAAUAAUAAUUCUCCAUCCCUCUACCAUUCUCUCUCCUUUGCAAAUCAAUAUGGCUAAGUUCACAACCAUUUUCAUCAUCGCUCUCUUGCUUUGCUCUACGUUAACCUACGCAGCCAGGCUGACUCCCACGGCAACCACCGCUUCAUCCAGAGAAAACUCCGUCAAGGAAAUUGAGGGGGACAUGGUUGAAGAAGAAAGCUGCAACGGAAUUGGAGAAGAAGAAUGCUUUAUAAGACGAUCCCUUGUGGUGCACACCGAUUAUAUUUACACUCAGAAUCACAAGCCUUAGAUUUAUAUAUAUUAAAGCAGUUAAUUAACUAUAUAUUUACAUUAUCGAACCUAUAUCAAUCACUCUGUAAUUUCUGUUUUGUUUUUGUUAUUGCUAUUUAAUUUUUUGUUUUGUUUUUGGGUUAAUUUGAGAGAGUUCUUAUUAUUCACACUCGUUGUUGUAUGAUUAUGGAUUUUAAUAUAGCUAUAUAAUAAGUAAUUUAUUUUGUA